AUUUUUUUUGGGUUCAAAGGCACAAUUGCAUUGGACACGAGCAAGCCGUAGAGGAGCGCUGCGGCCAGACGGAAAUUUGUUUGCGCCAAAUAAUUUGUCCGUUCUGCUCGCGCACCGCCCUAGGGAUUGCCUUUAGGGAGGCCGCACCCAGACCACACAGGAGUUUUAGCCUCUCGAUAGCUAUAAAGCGCAAGGUACUCCCUCUGGCGGCAGCACAAACCUGUAAUUCCUCCUUUUUCCCUCUUUUGUUCCGAUUUUUUGCGUCAUUUAAUACCUCCAUAUCGCCGAUAUUUUUUCAUUUCGGACUGCAGGAGGGUACCCACAGACAACAAUGACCGCGCAGCCCCGCCCAUCAGACCUCGAGUCUGCUGCCCCUACAGCACACAACAGCGGCGAGACAACACCGCUCCUCAGCACAUCGCCAUCUGCCACCAGCCUCGAGAUCUCCAAACAUGACACCACCUCGCCAUGGCUGGCCGUGGCCAAGGGCGAGACGAAAUGGAUGGCGUCGUCGUCGUCGCUGGUCAUCCUGACCAUGAUGCUGCAAUCGUCGUUCUUCUUUGUAAACGUCAUGUCAGUCAGCCACCUCGGCGCAAAGCAGCUGGCCGCCAUGUCUCUGUCGGUGACAUGCAUGGGCAUUCUUGCGCUGGCGCCGUCUAUCGGCCUGGUGUCCGCCAUGGACACGUUCUGCUCCACAGCCUUCACAGCGUCGCGCGACAAGCGGUUAGUGGGAUUCCAUUUCCAGCGCGGCAUCAUCGCCGUCACAACCCAUCUAUUCAUUGUCUCUCCGGUUCUGUGGUUUGCCAAGGACAUUCUGCUGCUUCUGCGCCAGGAUCCUGAGAUUGCGAGCCUGGCCGGCAUGUACCUGCGGAUCCAGAUUCUGGGCAUCUGGCCGUGGUCCAUGUUCGAAGCCUUCAAGCGCUAUCUUCAGGCACAGGAGAUUAUGCGCGCUGGCACUGUGGUUGUGAUGAUUAUCGCGCCAAUCCACUGGUUCAACAACUUCUUCUUUGUUCGCUCAAAGACCUACGGAAUCGGGUUUGUCGGUGCACCGAUCGUCAAUGUCAUAUCCAACUGGCUGCUGUUCACUGGUAUCCUGAUUUACGCGCGCCGCUCCAGCGCCGCCGAGACCUGGGGUGGAUGGACACGCCGUGCUUUCCGCAACAUGUCCCAGUACUACCGGUUUGCAAUCCCUGCCGUCAUUACCGUGUGUGCCGAGUGGGUCGGGUUCGAGCUUUUGACCAUCGGUGCCUCGUACUUUGGCGCCAACCAGCUUGCUGGCCAGGCCAUCAUGCUCAACUCUGUCAGUCUGAUCUUCCAGUUCAGCAAUGCACUGGGAUUCGGUGCCAGCCCGCGCAUCGGCAACCUGAUCGGUGCUGCAAAGCCACGCCAGGCGCGCAUUGCUGCCGAUGUGUCCAUCAUCGCGUCAGUUAUGGUCGGCAUGACCGGCACCAUGUUUUUGGUGUUCUUUGGCGACUUCUGGACCUCGGUCUACACCUCGGACCCAAAUGUCGCUCGCGAGACAGCCAAAUUGAUGCCUGUUGCAUGCACGUUCCUCAUCUGCGAUGGCCUGAAUGCCAUCCUGGGCGCCAUUCUGCGCGGCCUUGGCCGCCAGAAGAUCAGCGCCAACAUCUAUAUAGUUGGGUUCUACUUGUGCGCUGUCCCCAUCGCGCUCUACCUAGGCUACGGCCCAUACCACAUGCAGGCUGUUGGUCUGUGGUGGGGCCUGUGUAUUGGCAUUAUGAUUUCGUCUGCCCUGCAAAUUACUUACAUUUACAUGUGGGUUGACUGGAAGGCGGAGGUCAGGCAUGCCUUGGAGCGCCUCAAGAACCACGAGGAGCCGGCCCCCGACGCUGCACUGGUCAGCGACGAGCUUGAUGCCGGCUCUUUGCUAUCAAACUGAUGGCGACACCGACUGGUGAGCUACAAAGGAAGUUCCGAGACUUUGCACGCCUUUUUCUUGAUGUUUUGCAUUUGUAAAAGAACCACUGCACUAUAUAGCCUGAGCUAUUCAUGAGAACAGGCAGACAAGAAACAUCUCCCGGUGAAAGGGGAUGAUGAGAAUAGCCAUGCCGAGGCUGUAAAUGCGUGAACAGAUAAUGCAGGCGACAAUGAAGGUCGGUAUAGCCGCUGGCGUCACAAAGUACAGCCACUGGCCAGCGACUGAGCAGGCUCUGUGCAGAACUGUCUGUCUGAUUGUCCUCUUUCCGCC